CACACCCUUAUUUGCCGGCAUGAGCCGGAAGUGCACCGGUGAACUCUCCCCGGAGGAGGGGAUGGAGGUGGACUAUCAGCCGGAGGAUCUGUCCAUGUCCUCGUACGACGAGCAGUGUGUUGAACAUGGUGUUAAAGACAUGAGGCUGGAGGCUGAAGCUAUAGUCAGUGACGUCCUGUUUGCAGUCAGCAACAUGUUCGUGUCUAAAACUCUCACCAACGGCCUGGACUUGGCUUUUAUCAACGUGGAGACGAGAGAAGGAAAGCGCUACUGCUUAGAGCUCAGUGAAGCAGGACUCAGGGUGGUGGGACACGCCUUCGACAAGGUGGAUGCAGGUCUGAGUUCGCAGUAUCAUGAGACUGUUUACUCGCUCCUGGACUCUCUAAGCCCGGGUUAUAGAGAAGCCUUCGGGAACGCCCUGUUCCAGCGACUCGAGAGGCUCAAACAGAACGGACAGUGAAGAGUUCAGCCCGAACUCUGAACCCUAAACCCUGGACUUGCUUCCAAACAUCUCCGCUAUAGCUAGUGAUCACGCUGCAGUUCUGAGCGUAAAAGUACCAGUGGCACCCUUUCCAAUCCAAAACACCUUAUUUUAGUUAUGCUCUUAAUUUUACAGACGUCUUGGUCAGAUUCUAAUAAGCUUCACAGUUACUGUAGUAGCAAUGUUUUUAUUGUGUUUUAUGGUUUGGAGAAAAAAAACAACAAACAAACAAACAGAGGGUGCUGUAUGAUUUUGAGUGUAGGGUCUACAAAAUACUGAAAAUACUUUUGCACAUGAUUAAAAAAAAUAUUAACGGAAUUUGUUAAUCACUUUUGUGACUAGAAUUGAAAACCAGCUUGUGCUGUUUUAAAGCUUUACUAUUUUGUCUAAACUGGACCUGAAAAGCUGCUUGUUUUUUAAAAGCUGGUUGGUUUCUAUGAUGCCUUAUUGUGGUGGUCUGGAAUGUUUUGUCCGAUGUAAAGUUUCAUUAUAAUAUAGUUUUAGUUUGGAAAUACGGCUCAUUUUGUGUAUCUGUUUUCCUGUCAUUUUCCAGCAUCACGGAAAUAAUUUCACUAAAUUACUUCCAAUAGUUCAGUUAUGUUUGAAAGGUUGUGUUUUGUCCAGACAUGGUGUUACAUACUUUAUCCAAUGUAGUGUCAUUUCAAGAAAAAAAAAAUAACCGUUUAGUGUUUUUGCUCUAAAACAGACAAAAAAAUAUAUCAUCUAAAAUAUCUGCAUGAAUGUUAGUGAUGCCAAACAUUGAUUCCAGUUCAGAUUUUACAGCGUUUUUUUUUUUGUCAGCAUCUUUUCAUUAUUAUUUUAAUGAAUGUAAGGUUUUAAAAUGCACAAUGCCCUUAUAUUAUAUAAUUUAUGACUUAAAGUUACAGUAAAGGAAACAACGGUCACGAUACAUAGGGCUACUGAACAAAUAUAACUUUUAUUUCAUUUUCAGUUGAAAGGAGAAGCAUGGAGUGUGUAAGAUAAGUCCAUCAGCUUCAGAGUUUUCCUCGUAUUUUUAUGAGCCUGUUUAACUUCUGUUUUAAUACAUGUGUUGUUUUGGCCUAAGCAAAUUUUGCUGUUUUGUGGAAAUAAGGCCAAUCAUCGGGUUUGCACAUUUCAUUAGUGCUGAUUUCUGUGAAACCAAAUAAAUCAGUCUUCAACCUCAAA